GUGGGACGUGGCACUGGGAAGGGGUGAUAUGGAGUUGGUGUCCUGGCACAAUCUCCUGAUGGCUGUGGCCGAGAGAAGCAGCUAUGAAGUCAGGACUACUAGAGCUAAAUACAGUGAUAGACUUGUCCUGGUUGGCUCAGGCUGUUGGAACAAAAUACCAAAGACUGGAGGCUUAAUAAACAUGUUUGCGCAGUUCUGGAGACCCAAGGACAAAGGGAAGUGACCCCUGGCUUCCAACAGCUGACCACAUGAGGGUGGUUUCAAGCCUGCUGCUUCCUAUCCUCCUAGCAGAGGUGUGGCUGGUGACCAGUUUGACCCUCGGCCCCCCUUCACCAGAGGCCCAGGCAGGGCUGGAGGCUCCUCAGAAGCAGACUUUGGAGGACAUGUGGGCUGUCUCCAGUCAUGAAGAAGCCUGGCUGAGGCUUCAGUUGUCCAACGCAACUUCAACCUUUGGGUUCAGCCUGCUGAGAAAGAUCUCCAUGAGGCACGAUGGCAAUGUAGUCUUCUCGCCUCUUGGUGUGUCCGUGGUCAUGGUGGGCUUGAUGCUGGGGAGUAAGGGGGAGACCAAAGCCCAGAUAGAGCAUGGGCUCCACCUGCAGGCCCUGAGCCGGGAGGGACCCUUGAUCCUGCCAACCCUCUUCAAGAGGCUUAGAGAGACCCUCUCCAGCAACUGGGAGCUGGGCUUCUCCCAGGGGAGCUUUGCCUUCAUUCACAAGGACUUUGAUGUGAAGGAGACCUACCUCAAUCUAUCCAGGAAGUAUUUUGAUACCGAUUGCAUCCUUACGAAUUUUCACAAUGCCUCCCAGGCCAAAGGGCUCAUGAACUAUCACAUUAACAAAGAGACUCGGGGGAAAAUUCCCAAGCUCUUUGAUGAGAUUAAUCCAGAAACCAAAUUAAUUCUGGCGGAUUACAUCUUGUUCAAAGGGAAGUGGCUGACCCCGUUUGAUCCCACCUUCACGGAGGAGGACACUUUCCACCUGCACAAGUACAAGACAGUUAAGGUGUCCAUGAUGUACCGGGCAGGCAACUUUGCCUCCACCUUUGAUAAGAAUUUCCGUUGUCACGUCCUCAAACUGCCCUACCAAGGAAAUGCCACCAUGUUAGUGGUCCUUACAGAAAAAUCCGGUGACCACUUGGCCCUGGAGGACUACCUGACCACAGACCUCAUAGAGACGUGGCUCCAGAAUAUGAAAACCAGGAAAAUGGAAGUUUUCUUUCCCAAGUUCAAACUGGACCAAAAAUAUGAGAUGCAUGAGCUGCUCAAACAGAUGGGAGUCAGGAGAAUCUUCUCGACCUUGGCUGACCUCAGCGAACUCUCAGCCACAGCAAGAAAUCUUCAGGUGUCCAAGGUCUUGCAGCAAUCAGUGAUUGAGGUGGAUGAAAAAGGAACCGAGGCAGUGGCAGGGACGCUGUCAGAGAUUGUUGCUUACUCCAUGCCUCCCGUCCUCAAAGUGGACCGGCCAUUUCACUUCAUGAUCUAUGAGGAGACCUCCAAGAUGCUCCUGUUUCUGGGCAGGGUGGUGAACCCCACUGCCCUGUGACUCAGGCAUGCAUAAGCUCUAGCCAUGGCAGGUGCUGCCCCCGAGGCGUCUGCACCAUGGGAUACUGACACUGGACGGUGAAGGAAGGUGGCCCCUGGAUCCAGCCAGUCUGUUUGGGCUGUUCUCUGAUUAACACAAAAAUUAAACUAACAUACGUUUUAAGGAGA